AGUCAUAUAUCACCAUCAUCUUAGUUGUGAAUUGUGAUCCAAUUUAAAUGCAAGAACAAGGCAUAUUGUCGACAAUUAAUGUCUGGCUAUCAUCUUAUCCACGACUAUGGGUGUCAAUAAACAAACCAGUUUUCCAAUGCAGAAAGCAGGGUACGGUGGCGAUGGAAUAUACAGGUCUCUAAGGCCUUGUUUGGUUCUCCCAAAUGACCCCAACCUCUCCCUCGUCUCAUUCCUCUUCCAAAGCGUUUCCUCUUUCCCAUCCAAAAUCGCCCUCGUCGAUUCCCACUCUUCCCAAACACUUACCUUGGCGCACCUCAAAUCACAGGUCGCCAAACUUGCCCACGGUUUCCUCAAACUAGGCAUAAACAAAAACGACGUCGUCCUACUGCUCGCUCCCAACAGCAUCCACUACCCUAUAUGCUUCCUCGCUGCCACCGCCAUCGGCGCCGUCGUCUCCACCGCCAAUCCCAUUUACACAGUCAACGAAAUCUCGAAGCAAGUCGACGACUCCAACCCCAAACUCCUCAUCACCGUCCCAGAAUUAUGGGACAAAGUCAAGAACCUCAACCUCCCCGCCGUAAUUAUCGAUACGGAAACAGCUCAAGGUUCUCACUUAUUUUUCGCUCGGUCCAGACUCGUGAGUUUCGAAGCUGGCAACGAGGUGUCGAGAAUAACGAGUCUUGACGCGGUGAUGGAGAUGGCUGGACAGGCGACGGAGCUGCCGGAGAGCGGCGUGAAGCAGGGGGACACGGCGGCGCUUCUGUACUCCUCGGGAACGACGGGGUUGAGCAAGGGCGUGGUUCUGACGCACCGGAACUUCAUAGCGGCGUCGGUGAUGAUCGGAAUGGACGACGACCUCGCCGGGGAGCAAGACGACGUGUACCUGUGCGUUCUGCCGAUGUUUCACGUGUUCGGGCUGGCGGUGGUGACGUACGCGGCGCUGCGGCGAGGGAGCGCGGUGGUGGUGAUGGAGAGGUUCGAGCUGGAGGCGCUGCUGAAGGCUAUUGAGAAGCAGAGGGUGACGAAGCUGUGGGUGGUGCCUCCGAUCCUGCUUGGUCUGGCGAAACAGAGCGUGGUUGGAAACUACGAUCUUUCCUCGUUGAGGCGUAUAGGUUCGGGUGCUGCUCCUCUCGGGAAAGACUUGAUGGAAGAGUGUGGCAGGCGUUUUCCUCAUGUUGCCAUUUGUCAGGGUUAUGGUAUGACAGAAACUUGUGGCAUUGUUUCUGUGGAGAAUCCAAGAGUAGGGGUUCGUCAUACUGGCUCAACGGGAACGCUAGUUUCAGGAGUCGAAGCUCAAAUAGUGAGUGUGGAUACACAGAAGCCUCUCCCUCCUAGACAGUUGGGAGAGAUAUGGGUGCGGGGACCUAACAUGAUGCAAGGCUAUCACAACAAUCCAGAGGCCACGAGAUUGACUAUAGAUAAAAAAGGGUGGGUACAUACAGGAGAUCUUGGAUAUUUUGAUGAAGAUGGACAACUUUAUGUGGUUGACCGUAUCAAAGAACUGAUCAAGUACAAAGGUUUCCAGGUUGCACCAGCAGAACUUGAAGGGCUUCUCGUUUCUCACCCUGAAAUACUAGAGGCUGUUGUUGUGCCAUAUCCUGAUGAUGAGGCUGGUGAGGUUCCAAUUGCCUAUGUUGUUCGCUCACCCAAUAGUUCACUGACUGAAGAAGAAAUUCAGAAGUUUAUUGCUAAGCAGGUUGCACCUUUCAAAAAAUUGCGAAGGGUAACAUUCAUCAACAAUGUUCCUAAGACAGCUUCAGGAAAAAUUCUCAGAAGAGAGCUUACUGCAAAAGCACGAUCCAAAAUAUAAUAUAUUACAUUCUUUUUGGACAAACAAUUUCUGAGAUAUAUUGAAAAUUAGGAGUGCGCGCAUCAGUGCAUCCUGCAAGAUUAAUCUAUAUACCCAAUCAAGUUUAAAAUUAAAACCAUGCAAUAAUCCCUCCAUAGUCCAGAUUAUACUAGCAUUCCUUUGCAUCUGGUGUUUGUGAACUAAAUUUUCUUCUUUUGAAGUUAGAAAAAAUGUUAAAAUAAGAAACAAAAAUUUUACAAGUUAAAUUUCCAUAUAUACACUAUGGUGUAUCAUAGUAGUAUGAUUUUUGAGAUGAUUGUUGUAAUAGCCAACAAACUUAAUAUUUAUAUCAAGUUAUGAUUGAGUGAUAAUAUAUAUUUUUUUUUUUUA